AUGAGAUGGAGCUGGAGAUCCGGGUCCCCCGCGCUCCACCUCCUCCUCCUGCUGCUAGCGCUUCUGAUGGAGCCAGGCGCCGGCAAUGAGGGCAGCAGAAUGGGAAGCUGUUUCUGUCAUAAAGGCAUGGACUCCCCUCCACGGCUUAAACUCAUGGAAAGUAUCCGACAAAAAAUGAAAGGUCAUGUUUCCUGUGGCGACUAUGUCAGGUUUCAAGUAGGUUCCUGGAGUGUCUGCGGGGGCAGCAAAGAGCCGUGGGUGAUUGAAUUGACCAGGUGCUUUGAUCGGAAAGAAUGUGGACAUGCUUACUCUGGGAGAGUGGUCCAGCAGGAGCAUUCAUCUCCCCACAGCACCCCGAUUCCCAAGUCCACUGAAGGGGCACCUGCCGUCACAGAAAUCCCUGCUCAGACGUACCCGCCACUCACCCUGCAGUCUACCCAGCAGCCUACCCUUCUGGUACCAACACUGUCCUUGGAUACAAAGCUCAUUUACUCCCCUGAAACCACUGCUUCCUCCGUGGGCCACAAUCUAGAGACUGGGCCUGAAGCUGGGGCGAACCAGAAGCAGCUGGAAGGAAAUGUGGGUCCUACACCUGGGAUAUAUGUCACGGUGACAGGGCUUUUGGCCAUCUUCAUCCUCACUGGAGUCCUUCUCUAUGUGCUGUGUAAGAGGAGAAGUAAUCAGUCACCGCAGUACUCUCCAGAUUUGCAGCUUCAAUAUAUCCCUGUGGCCCAAUAUUCCAACACUUGGGCUAAGAAUGGGAGCUUGUGA